AUGGCGCCCUUCCGGCGUUUCGCAAACGGUGUGGUCUCCAUUGGGGCUUGGGGCUCGGGCGGCGUGAUGUCCGUCGCCGUCGUCUCGACUCGCCCGCGCUUCCGCCCGCGUCUUUCGGAGGGCCAAGUUACCGAGGUUAGUGCGGUAAACUGCAGGCAGGAGCGAGAGGAGACGUUCGUCAUUGGGUUGAGACGCGUCCGCAUUGUCGUCGCCGUCGUCAUUUGGGAGGCGAAUGGAGAAUGGAGGCGACUCCUGCGCGAGUGCCACACCCCCGGGAACGCCGUUGCACCAAUGGAUUUGCAGGGCAGUAUCGGCUACGUCCGCAGCCCUUCCGAUUUCCUGCAGAAGCAGAGGCAACCAGUCCUCCCGUGA